GCCAUAUCUGAAGCACCGGAUAAUAUAAUGUUGAAGUUCAAUCAUGCAUUCGUUUUGCAAAAAUUGGCGACACAAAUGCUUCGUGAUGAUAAAUCAUCGCUGGAGAUGGUCGUCGGCGCAGUUGAGGAUUUACGAACUGCUGCUGUAAUUUUCGAAUACAUAGCGCAGAACAAAGAUGAUACAAUGGGCCAAGCACGAGUUGUUAGUCGUACUGCAUCGGCUACCGAAGCACGUGCAUGCUACGAUUUACUUACACAGGCGCAAACUUAUCUUCAACGAGCUCGGGCACAAGAUGAGGAAGAACAGAAGCAGCGACAAAGGCAGGAGGAAGAGCGGCAGGCGCUUAGAAGGCAACAGGAACAAGAAGCCCGAGAACGGGAAGAAAAAGCUAGACAAGAGCUUGAAGCUCUCAAACAAAUGCGACAGGAAUAUGUUGAAAAGACGAAAGAGAUAUUGCGGUUGCCUACGGUGAAGGAGGAGGAGGAGGCGAAUCGCGCAAAAAGGUAA